CUAGAGGUGGAAUCUGUUUGGGGAACUUAACCUGAACCAGUUCCUCAUACGUGCAAGAAGGAGGAGUGGAGUCCAACAAAAGAAGAUGGUUUAACGACCAUGAAGCAAGCCCAAACCCAAAGAAGGCUGACCAAUGGAUGGAUUUUUUAGGAUAUGGGUGCCAUGCAGGAGUCCUGACACCCACUGGUGAUCACAGACUGAAGGGGUUCUGAUGGCGACCGCAAGUGUUGAUCCACACUUGGGUGCCGGUCCUUCCGAGGAGUCAGAGAUCCUGCUGGAUGACUCUGACUCGGGUAGUGUGCUCUCCGAUGACUCAGUACUUCCUGAAUAUGAAAGAGACUCAACUAGUAAAGGACCGUGUAAAACACUAUACGAGGCAUGCGUGAGGAAUGAGGCCGCAUCCCUGCGCAGCGUCCUGGAAAGGGGAGUCACAAAGGAUGAAGCAAUGGAGACGGACAUCAACGGCAGGACCGGAUUGAUGGUGGCUGUGAGCAAAGGUUUUAUAGACAUCGUCACCAUGCUCCACAAAUGCCCAUUCAUAGACAUCAACCACCAAGACAAUGAUGGCAACACUGCGCUUAUGAUUGCCGCGCAGGCCGGCUUCAUAAGCAUUCUGAACUUCAUCCUUAACUACUACUCUGGCGUGGACACUGAGAUCAGGGACCCCCGCGGCUUCACAGCCCUCAUCAAGGCAGGCCUGCAGGGUCGUGAGGACUGUGUGUCGGCCCUCCUAAUGCAUGGUGCGGAUAUGUAUGCGAUAGACCUGGUCCAGGGGAGAGGUCUCAAGGACUGGGUCCUUAAAACAGCGAGGUUCGAGACUCUGAACCGAAUACGUCGCCUGCAGGGUCGUCCUGUUGCCGAGCAGUUCUGUGAAAGCUACAAGCCUGAGUGGCCUGACCUGAGGGCGCUGGUGGAGAAGGCCACUGCCCCGAAAUCUGCCAGUCAGAAAUUGAGACAGCGCUUCAAGGAAAGCCUUACUUUCAGCUUCCCACAUGAUCCCGAGGAUAAUGGAGUUAUGGACCAUAUGGUGAGGAUAACCACAAGUAUUCACAGUCCGCUGAUAGCUACUGCUUCCCACCCACUCUGUCCCACAAGCCCCCCGGAGAUCGGAAAGCGACGGUUUGCUGUGCCUGAACUGCUCGAAAAGCACAGCAGCAAGGAGCUGGAGGAGAGCACCGUGUCCCACAGUAACGGCUCCGUCAUCUCAGCCUCUCCGACAGCUUUGUCGGCCACUUCCGUAUCGCUCACAUCUUGCUGCCGAGACCCUGAGCGCAAGGAAAGCAUUCAGAGAAGCUUCAUCCCUCGCAGCAUGGCACACAGGAACAGCAUCUUCCCCUCUGGCUGCAUCCCUAAAAUUGAGGUGACAAAAUCUGGAGAGCCCACACCAAAGAAAGAAAAGAAGAAGAAAAGGCAAAAGGGAUACCUGGAGCCUCCCAUCUGGAAGUAUAAGGAGGCCAAGGAGGAGAAAAAAAGAGAGAAGAAAAGGCUGGAGGAAGAGAAAGAUAAAAAAUCGAAAUCCAAAAAAUCUUCAAGCAAAAAAUGAGCCAUAAAGUUCUUUGCCACUGAAAGCUUCACUGUGAUAGUGUUGUAUCAUGGAUGAACAUGUAAUUACUUUAACUCUGGAGGCAAGUCAUGGAUGCAAGUUGAUCUUUGACUUAGGAUGAAAAUAAGUUAACUUACUUGAAUUAGAUAUAUUACUUAUAUCAACUAGUUCCUAUGUUUUGUAACAGCGUAGGAUGAAAAAUAUGUUAAACAAAUGUUAUAUUGAUGUGCAUUACUGAUUCCAGACACCUGCAACAGCUUUCGACUUUGAAAGCCCUGUAAUUGGAUUUUACCAACUUGUAUUUUGUGAACAACUAAAGGUAGCGUGCCAUCUUGGAAGACAACCAAAUAGCCAAUAGCCUAUAUUGUAUACAUGUUGAAUGUGAUCAAAUGCCUUCAGGAACCGAUUAAUUAAAGAGUUUUCCACAACUAUGAGAUGGCGACAGGACAAAAAUGGACAAAAACUGCGUGCUUUUGUCUAUACCCAAUACUGCAAGGGAUUGUUGGUUGUUGUUUGUUUUUGUUUGUCUUUUUUUUUAAUAAGAAGUCACUCGAUAGAAAAUUUGUUGUAACUGUUAAAGUUGUGUGAAGCCAUUUUUUUUGGCUUCCUAUACAUAUUGUUUCAUCCUUGUAGCAUGUAGCAUCCACGUCAUAUCUUCACAUGUUCCCGGCAUAUUUGUAAUUCUCCAGAAGAUUUCACACAUUACUGUUUCACACUAAGCUAAUUUGCAAGGGUAAUGGAACAAAGUCAUAUCUCAGCAACAUGUCCUUAAAAAUGCUACAAAAAUACGAGACCUAAGACUACCACUGUGUUAUCUUUCUUGGGCUAUGCUUGGAGACAAGUUUUCAUUUUAAUUAAUUUUGAUAGAUACCAAAAAAAAAGACUUCUACAGAAUAAACAAUGGGAAAGGGAUUUGCACUUCAUGUUGCUCAGGGAAAUUGAACUAUGGGCAUUUUGUUAUUAGGGUGAUAUACAAAAAUUAUCUAUGAGAAAUGAAAGAUUCUAUUUUUAGAUCUGUUUGCUGUUCAAAACCAUACAGAUGUGUAUGCAGUUGCAAUACAUAUUCCGAAAACGACCAAAUGUAUCUGAAUGUGUUAUCUAAGAAAAAUGUUUUAUCAUAUAUUUAUUUGUUGCAGUUUUCAUGGAAAAUUAGAAUAUUUCUGGGAUAAUUUGAAGGAGAAAGUAAAAGACUUGAAGAUCUCAUGUCUGCAUCUUUAUCAACUUUGAGAAAAGGGAAAUUAAUGUUCGCAAGCAAUAAAUAUCUGACCUUCUCAGGAGUGACUGAUUGUGUUUGGAUACUCAUGUGAGAAUAUCUGAGAAAGACUCUUUGUUGUAUGUGUUCAGUCCGGUAACAGAACAGGAUUUUAAAGACACCUCUUCACCACCACAUUUAAGCAGACACAAGAAAACAACUCUGUAAUAGUAGAAAAUUAAAGUAUUCACAUGCAUGUCA